UGUUCGGCAUCUCCGAAUCAACGAUAGUAUCCACACCUUCUAUUUGUUUAUUACAAAUAAAUACAAACCACCUCUUUCGCCUUCCUCCUACUCCACUUCAAAACCAAAUCACUCCAGCUUCGAUCGGAAAAAGGGAGAAAGGUUGAGCCUUUUGAUCGGGGCGGUGAUGGAAGGAACUGGAAUCAGAGGGGCGAAGGUUAUAGUAGGGAAGCAGUACUGCGAGGACGAGGAGCGCGAGCUUACAGUGAGGAAAACCUCCCUCUUCUUCUCCGGCGACGGAUUCGCAGCCUACGAUCACCACACCGGCGAACUCGUCUUCCGCCUCGACACCUACGAACGAGGCCCCGGUUCCCUCAUCGACGAGCUCGUACUCAUGGAUCCCUUCGGAGCUUCCAUCAUUACACUCCGACGCAAGUGGCCAAGCCUUCACAAUCGGUGGGAGGGGUUUCUGGGGGAGCGAGCAGAAGGGCAGAAACCCCUGUUUACCGUGCGACGGUCCUCUAUCUUCGGCGGAGAUCGCGCCGGCGUGACGGUGGAGGUACACGGCGGAGGCAGCGCCGACGAUGUAGCGGCGGAGUACAGGGUGGAGGGUUCGUUCGCGGCGCGUUGCUGCAGAGUGUUUUUCGAGGGUGAGGAGGAGGGGGAGUUGGUGGCGGAGAUAAAGAGGAAGGUGGAUCCAUGCGCCCAUGUGAUUUUGGGGAGAGAUGUAUUCUGUCUCAGCCUCCGGCCGCGGGUGGACGCCGCCUUUAUCAUGGGGCUCGUUAUUGUGCUCGAUCGAAUCAGCGGGGACGAUGACCUCGGCGCCGGCGUGGAUCCCGCCGCCGUCGCGGCGGUUGAGGUGCUGGAUGCGGACGUCCGGGAGAUGAACGGCGACGGCCUUCAUUUCUGAUGGCCUUUUACUAAUUCAGUUAUGUACGAUAAUUAAUGAUGUUUUUUUUUUGUGUGUGAUUCACCACCUUGAUGCGUUUGUAUUAUUUGUUUGACUGAAUUUAAGAGAGUAUAUUUUGAUCUAUAUUUCUGGUUUAUCUAAUACUGUAUUAAAAUGGAUAAUGAAAAACACUUCUGUA